GCAACAAGCAGCCUUAGCCAGGAAGUAUCGUGAAGAGCUCACACGUGUCAGACAUGUGAAAGACGCGGAUGAAAAGUCCUACCUCGCAACGUCUUCCGAAGGAUCCUCCGACAGUGUGGGUGGCUCUCCCUCUCCUUCUCCUUCUCGUCCUCAGGGUGAUCCUCAGAAAAGCCUAGAAGUAGAACCUCUUGACAGGAGUGAUGAAGACCGUGAUAGGAAAAGCCUAGAAGUAGAACCUCUUGACGGUGACCACGAAGACCAGCAUUUCCUAACCCACGAUGAAAAGGACCAACUGUUAGAAGUAGCGUGGAUGGAGGAGCAUGCUCCUUUAGGGCAAUUACAAGAGAUAGAUGGCGGUUCUGAAGAAGGAGAAGUUGUGAUGAACGGAGCAGCUGACUUUUCGAAGAGGAAACUAGAGCAGUUUCUUCAAUCUGGCGGAAAAGAAGAGGAUGACGAAGAGGAACUCGCACGCUUGCCCCUUCUACGUCUGUUGUCGCAGCUUUUAACGGCAGGAGAGACGCAGGUCAACGUGACGCGUGCAGCAACGUUGCCGCUUCUUGGAGCUUUGGCAUCUAUUCUGGAAAAUCGGAAUUUUUCCACUUUGCCAGCUUGUUAUUCUAGACUGCUUGCAAGGCUUCUCGUUUACAAUGAAGCAGUGCUGAGGGAUGCUUCGCAUACAAUUGCAGAACAAGAUUUGGAACCGUAUGUGAAUAUUGCGAAACAAGCGUCGAGUGCUUCCCUGAAUCUUCAUGGUCAGCAGCAGAGUAAUUCUUCUAGGACUUCAGCUUCAACCAACACCCGUCGUCUUGACCCUGACGUCGUAGCUGCCAUUUCCUCUAGCAGCCAUAGUGAAGGGGAAGCUAGAGUGCCAAAAGGGUUUCCCUCGACGUCUACAGCCACUAGGUCCGUUCAGACGGCUUCGUUUGGCCGCGCUGCUCCGACUUCUUCCCCCACUGCUACACCAGGGGCAAGCCUUUCCCGUGCGGAGGAAUUGUCUCAGUCCAGUGCAUUUGUUCGUUUGACAACCUUGUGCUUCCUGGAACGACAUCCAGCCCUCGCUUCCAGUGUCGCCUUUGCGCUUGUGUCCUUCCUCGACAAACAGGCCAGGCAGACUGGUGCGCGUGUUGCCAAGAAAACCAAGAACAAAGACGCUAAGAAGAACGGAAAUACGGGAGCUAAUGCAGCUGCAGCUGCUUCUCCUACAACGUUUCAAGAUGGCUCUUCUACCAAUAAUAAUGCCAACCAGCAAGAAGGUUUCAAACCUCUCGUGCCUAACAAUCUAAGCGACUACCACCGAGCUCAAUUGCGUGCUUGGCAAGCCAUUGUAGUUUUGCUGAACGUCAUGGAGCCCCAUUGGCUAGCUGCGAUUGUGCCUCGUAUCAUGUGGCACUUCGGUCUACCACAACUGCCUGACGUCCGAUCGUAUAUGGAAUACGCCUUAUGCGUGCUGGCCGAGCGGGAGCAAAGAAGACGAGAAGAUAUUGGCACGAAAAUGAAAACUCGCUACAACGGGGGGAGUAAGGCUGCAAGUGGAGGUCGUGUAUCGGAGUAUUUCACUCGGGAGUUGACUCGCAUCUUGGAUGAAGUUGGCACGGGGACUCCACAAGUCUUGGCUUCUGCGAUUUUAGUAGCAGGUUACUGGGCAGAACGAACACAGCUGCUGCCGCGAGAACUUCUGCUCAAUACGCUGUUGGUUCCCUACUUGACCAGCAACGUUGCUUUGGUACGUGGAACCGCGCAACUAGUCUACUACAGACUGUGCACCAUGUCGGGUAUAACUGCUGCUUCAUCCAGCGCUACGAACCCGGCUCCUGCAGGCGAACGACGACUUGUGAAUGCCUCUCGACGCAUCACCGCAAGUAGGCAACAAGCAGAUGGUGUUUCGUCUGGGGAAGUCGUAACUUGUUUCUCACCUGAAGAAGAAGACGAGAGCACCAGCAUUUCCUUUGCUGAGGACCAAAAGAGAGAUGAUCGAAGUGGUAGUGCCUCAAGAACAAAUAAGACUUCUACACGCUUGUUCAAAAACAAUGAGACUCCUGCACCAGCAUCUGGUGCGUCUAGAGCAAACCCUAAUCAUGCUGCUGCAAGAAGAGGAUCUUCACCACGGGCACGGCCUACUUCGCGUAGUCCUUCUCCUGCAUCCAGAACAGCACUUGGGACACGCGAACAAGAUCAGCAAAGGUCCCUCCAGUUCCACCACGCCCAACAGCUCCUCAGAAUGCUCACCGAGCACAAAGACAGCGUCAAGAUGCGCCAACGCCUCGAGCAAAACCUAGACUCCUGGGCUCCAUGGGAAAGGAGUCAGAUCAGCACACUGUUUAACAAUAGAGACGCUGUCUACGACUAUCGGCCGAACUGGAUGUUCUUGCAAGAGAUGAAGCAAGCUAUAGACGUGGAAAUGCAGGGGUUGUGGCACAAGCAUACGGAAGCGGAUGAGGCGUUAAAAGUGGGACCUGCCGGGUACAUCUGGCUGGACGAAUCUGAAGGGUUGUUGGAGGACUUGAGAAGGAAGGUAGCUGUAGCUGAGAGUGGCUCUAGUGCUGUUCCACAAGAAAGUGUCCAAGGACAACUUCUCGCUGAAGAUCAAAAGACGAUGGGCGAACAAACGAGUGCAACUGGCGAACAAGUAGAAGUCCAACUGCAGCGAAAAUUUGACCCUUUUGCUGGCAGUGCGGGACAGCUGGACGAACUGUUUUUGUCUCUAGGUGCUGCUGAUCAAGCUUCCGACCAAAAAUCUGGUAGAGAACGAAGCAAUUUGAUAGUUUGCGCUUCUUUGAUCGACAAGAUUCCGAACCUGGCAGGUUUGUGUCGUACCUGCGAGAUCUUCAGUGCUGAGGCGCUGGUCGUGAACAACAAGGACUGCGUGAAAGACCCUUCUUUCACGUCGGUUUCAGUCACUGCAGAACGGUGGCAACCUUUACUCGAAGUGCCAAUCUUGGAUGACCUCCUCACCGCUCAGAGAGAUGGCAGAAGUACUAGCAAGAAGUAUGCCAAAUUAGCAGAAUUCCUAUCCCUCCAGCAGCAGCUAGGCUACAAAAUCGUAGCAGUGGAGCAAACGCAUAGUAGCGAAUGCCUCAGCAAAUUCCGCUUCCCUCAAAAGAGCAUCCUACUUUUAGGCGCUGAGAAGGAGGGUCUACCUGCGGAAUUGUUGCAUUUGUGUGACAGCUGUGUCGAAAUCCCACAGACGGGAAUCAUCCGGUCUUUGAAUGUGCAUGUUUCAGCUGCCAUGUGCGUGUGGGAAUACACGAAACAGCACUGUGUUGCUUGAAGUGAUUUGCCAUACGGGCUGAUAAUAUGAGUGUCGCACUCAAUUGAACAAGUAGAGCAACUCACAAAUGUCAACCCGACUUCUACUUCUAUUUGCAUAUUUCUGCAUCAUUUUCGAAUUCAAGCUGCCCCUCAGCACCAACUGAACACGAAUCUCUGUGCAGCAUAGAGAUACUGCAUCGC